AUGAAGAUCGUGAUCUGCGGGGCUGGGCCCGUGGGAGCACUGGCAGCCAUCUAUGCGGCCAGGAGAGGCCAUGAGGUCGAGAUAUACGAGCUCCGUGGAGACACUGCUUUAGAGGAGAGCGAGGUCACCAGGCAGCUGGGCAAGUCCAUCAACCUCACAAUGUCCGAUAGGGGGUUCGAGUCAUUACGAGACAGUGGUGACAUCGACCUGGUCGGUGACGUUGUUCAGGGGACUCUGGCGGUUCAUAUGCGUGAAGUACACAAGGCGAGCAGUAUAAGUUGUCAAAAGUCAACGAGGAUGCGAUAUGAUACGAGAGGAAAGCACCUCAACGUCGUAAGCAGGGGUACACUACGAGACAUACUUCUCGAACGUGUCCGCAAGCUGCCCAACACCAAGAUCUUCUUCAACAGCAAGCUCGUCCACGCAGACCUCAAUGCUCGCUUCGCCAUCUUCUCCGACUCGACGGUCAAGGAGGCUUGGGGAGCAGAGCACAAGUACAAGCGGGUCACGUUCGACCUGCUCAUCGGGGCCGACGGCGCACACUCUGCCGUCCGCCACCAGAUGGCCAGGUAUACGCACAUGAACCUGACGCAGACCUGGCUGGACACUUGGUGGUGCGAGUUCCACAUAUCUGCGCGGCCAGGAGUACACAUGGAGCCGAGGCUCGCGUCGGACGCUCUGCACAUCUGGCCCGAAACCGACUUCAUGUUCCUGGCCAUGCCCAACCGCGACGGCAGCUUCACCUGCAACCUCUUUGCGCCGCGGGCCGUCUUUGACGACCUUGCGAUUCGUGCCGGCAGCGGCAAGGACCACGCGGCGGCCGAGAUGGCCCUGACCGAGUUCUUCCAACGUCACUUUCCCGGGAUAGUGCCGGAGCUGAUGACGGCGGCGGAGCUGCGAGAGCAGUUCUCUCGGACGACGCCUUCGGCGCUGCACGACAUGCGCGUCUCAAAGGUCAACCACGGCGACCGGUGCGUGCUGGUCGGCGACGCCGCGCACGCCAUGGUCCCGUUCUACGGGCAGGGGCUCAACGUCGGGCUCGAGGACGUCCGCAUACUCUUCACGGAGUACCUGUGCUGCCCUUCAUCGCCGGCGCCGGCGACGAGUGCCUGUCUGGCUGAAAAGGGCGGGCGCAACGCCAGCAGCCCCAGCACCCCGACGACCACGACCACGACGGCAGAGCGGCUGUCGGCGUACAGCGCGCGACGGCAGCCCGACGUGGCCGUCAUGUCGACGCUGGCGCUCCGCAACUACGGCGAGAUGCGGCACGGCGGGACGGCGGCCAAGCGGGCGCGCCGCGCAAUCGAGGAGUCGCUGCAGGUGUGGUUUCCCUCGGCCGGGUGGCGGACGCUAUACGCGCGCGUGGCCUUUUCCACCGAGAGCUUUGUCGAGAUUGAACGCAAAAACACGCGUCAGGGGUGGAUAUUGACCGCCUUGGCGUUUUUGUUCUUGUUUAUGGUCAUGGUUGCGUUGGUGCGGUUGAUGCUGUGCUACUACUGUUGA